AUGUGAUUGGCUGGCGGCCGGCUGCUGGGAGACCUUCACCUGAGACACUGAGGCUGCUGGAAACAUGGCGCUGAGGGCUCUGGUCGGUGUCAAAAGGGUCAUAGACUACGCGGUGAAGGUGCGAGUGAAGCCUGAUAAGACAGGAGUGGUGACCGAUGGCGUCAAACACUCCAUGAAUCCGUUCUGCGAGAUUGCCGUGGAAGAGGCUGUCAGGCUAAAGGAGAAGAAGAUAGUCAGUGAAAUUAUCGCAGUCAGCUGUGGCCCUCAGCAAUGUCAGGAGACCAUCAGAACUGCCUUAGCGAUGGGAGCUGACCGCGGCGUCCAUGUAGAAGUGUCCGCCAAGGAUGCCGAAAGCCUCGGACCAUUCCAGGUCUCCAAGAUCCUAGCCGCUUUGGCCAAGAAGGAGAACGUGAACCUUGUGCUCCUGGGAAAGCAGGCCAUUGAUGAUGACUGUAAUCAGACCGGACAGAUGACCGCUGCUCUGCUUGACUGGCCUCAGGCUACGUUUGUAUCAGAGGUCACAGUGGAAGGGGAGAAGCUGACGGUGCUGCGGGAGGUCGACGGUGGCCUAGAGACGAUCAGCAUGAAACUGCCGGCCGUAGUGACCGCCGACCUACGGCUAAAUGAGCCGCGUUACGCCACUUUACCGAACAUCAUGAAAGCCAAGAAAAAGAAGAUUGAGACGGUGAAGCCAACAGACCUGGGGGUGGACGUCUCCAGCCGUAUACACAUCUUGAGUGUGGAAGACCCACCGCAGAGAGAGGCCGGCGUGAAAGUGGAGACCGUAGAGGAUCUAGUAAAUAAGCUGAAGGAGAGUGGGAGUAUCUAACCUGACAGGAUCGACCUGUCUCCCUGGCAGAUAUCGAAGGUGCGGGCCUGUCACCUCCCGGCUGUGCCGUCCAGUCGCCAGUCGGUGCCUUCUGGGAAAACACUGCCAGCCACCGAUCACGAUUGUACAAUCCUCUCCAGCUACUACUUGUAUAAGAGGAAGACUGGUGGAGGAGAAAACCUGAAAUCAAACUGUGCUGGCUGUUUUUUUCCACUGUAAUUAAGCUACGUCUAUAAAUAAACGUUUCUCCUUUGUACGUCCGGA